AUGGCAGAGGAUCGACAUCGCCAAGAGUAUCCUCAGCAGCACCGGCCAGAGGAUAUUAAGCACCAACCGCCCCCUUCAUACUACCACCACCUCCCUUCUCGAGACGCACCUCACCCGGAUACCGACAGAAGUCCGCAUUCUCGAACCACAAUGGCAACCUCCGUCACCUUGCCGUCCAUCCACGACCCUCGGCCCAGCGGCUACGGCCCUCCGCCUCCGGCUGGCCGAGGCUACGUGAGCGAUCCGCGUUAUGAGUCUCCGAAUGCCGUCAAUGGAUAUCCUCCGCCCCCUGGAAGUCAACAACAGCCAGCCUCAUACCUCCCUCCUCUGCAGCCGCAAGCAGACCCGCGGUCUGCCUAUCCUCCGCCCGAGCCGCGAGGCGCCUACUACGACGACCGCCGUCCUCACCCUCCACACCCGGGCUACCACGAUCAGUAUGCCUCUGAAUACUACUACCGAGGGCUCCCGCAGGGCCACCAUAAUGGUUAUCCUCACGAUUACCCGCGCCCACCUCCUGCUUACGGACAGGAGUAUGGCCAGCCCGGAAUGGAGCGCCCUCGGGAAGCUCCUAGACAGCGCACUUCCAUUGCCUGCAGAUAUUGCCGAAAGAGAAAGAUCCGCUGCAGUGGCCACCAGAACGCCCCCGGUGGAAAAUGCCAAAACUGUGCUCGUAUGAAUCAGGAGUGCAUCUUUCAGCCUGUCUCGUCUUCUAGCUCUACAGCGUUCAUUCCCGUCUCGGCCGUCCCGGGAGGCGUGCCGCCGGGAACGCAGUUAUUCGGAGCAUACGGCCAGCCUCUGGCUCCCAGUUCCGUGCCUCAUCCUCACCCUCAUCCGCCCCAUCACCCGCCUCACCCAUCUCAUCCUUAUCCUCCGACGGCAGGUCCGCCGCACCCACCCCCUGGGAGCUAUUACCAUCCGCAGGCCCAGUCUCCUACCGACUCUUAUUCGUCGUAUGGAGAUUUGAGAGGAGAUGACCAAUUAUCAGGAAGAAGACGCCGCAGGUCGUCGCCAGAUCCAGAAGAUGCAUACCGGUUACCUCCUCCUCGAGCUGGCGUUGCGGAAGAUGAUCAUCGACGGAGAUCGCCUGCCGAGCUUUCUAACAAUAGCAGUCCCGGAAGCUUGAGCUAUUCGCGUUACCCAGGCCAAUCGAGGCACAGCCCCCGAAACCCGGCACUACCCCAUCCCGCCAGUGUUGGCAAUGCCGAUGGUCGUUCGCCUGUCACCCAGCAGAAUGGAUCGAGCGGCUCCUCGACACCCGCACGGUCAGGCCCUCCAACAAGCCAGUCACAGCAAUCGAGCUCCAUCAUGAGCCUCAGCAAUCUGGUGGAGAAGAACGACAUUGACAAGACAAUGAUUGAUCGCCUCAACCGUUCCCGAGAUACUGGUUCUGGCCAGAGCCAGAGAGAGUCCUCUCGCUAG